ACAUGCCCUUCUCUCUUCUCCUCCAGAGCCAGCGGUAUCGAAGCAACCAUGACUUGAGCGUCAGUGCCUACGACGGUGACCCUCAGCCAGCCUCACUCCGUGCAGACUAUACCUCCGGCGGGUACUACAUCAACCAGCCACCUUUGAACAAUUACAACUCUGUAGCCCAAAUUCCUUGGGCAGGUGUAGAGCAAGUCCCUUCCAGGCCUUUGACUCCUGAAAAGUAUUCUGUACCCCACGUGUGUGCAAAAUUUGGGCCAGGGGGUCAACUGAUAAAGGUGCUACCCAACGUCCCGUCCGAAGGCCAGCCAGCCUUGGUCGAGAUCCACAGCAUGGAGAUGGUCAUGCAACACUCUUCGGAGCAAGAGGAGAUGAGAGCUUUUCCCGGCCCUCUCACCAAGUAAGUUCCACCCCGAGGCUUUUAAGG